CAGUCCGCAAGAUUCAGGUGCGGAUAGAGACCUAUGUCCGUUUCAUUGCCGUUAUAUCAUCAUGCUCGACUUGACGAGCUCGAUGGCGAUGGCGCCAAUGUGGCAAGGACGGGCGACUCCCAUCCGUUAGAAUGAAGGACAUAUGUCCUACUCUUUGAUAUGUAUUUAUCCCUUUUCUGCAUCAUUCGACCUAUCACACCUUCUUAGAGGGACACAUCAAAUAUGCCUGACGCAGUAUCAUCUCGGUAUAUAAUACCACAGAAGGUUCGCAGACGCCUGCAUCAAUCCCGAUACCUGCGCAACCUGAAGUACUUCUUCCUGGACUCAUGGAGCGACCUGCUGCAGCUCAUGGUCGUGGCAGCCGCAGCACUGACUCUGUACUCAAUCUCAUACAGACCACCACUCCUCAUUCAAAUAUACAGCAUGAGUAAUGGCAGGCCCUACAAUCCUGCGAUUGCUUAUCCUUACCGAGAGCCAAUCUUCUCCUCGCUGACGGCCGGUCUUGUCGCCAUACUCAUUCCUCUUGCCAUAAUCCUUCUCGCACAGGUGUUCAUGAGAUCCUUUGCUGACGCUGCAGCUGCCAUCAAGGGACUCCUCUAUUCUCUCGUUACAGGGACAUUCUUCCAAGUCAUUCUGAAGACAUUCAUCGGAGGUGCCCGACCCCAUUUCAUUGCUGUCUGCGAACCUAUCAGUCUCAAUGAGGGACAAGGGCCUAACGCCAACCUGUAUACCCCCGAUAUCUGCAUGGGAAGCAACAAGGGUCGGAUCGACUAUGCUUUGCAGACAUUCCCGUCUGGCCACGCAGAAGCAGCAUUUGCUGGUCUAGGCUUUCUGGCAAUCUAUCUCUACACGCACUUGAGAAUUGGAGAUCCUCGUGUCGAAUCAAGUUUGGGAUUUUGGCGGAUGGCAUUCGUUCUCAUACCAAUCAUACUGGCGACAUACCUCUCUGCGUCACUUGUCUUGGUGCACCAUCAUUUCGCCUUCGAUGGCAUCUUCGGCGCAGGGAUUGGCAUCCUGACGGCACUUCUGGGAUACAGGUUGGCAUUUCGUGGGUUGACGUCCUAUAAGACGAAUCGUGAGCCCAGAGUGGGCAAGAGGCUGAGGACGGAGAUGGACAGGAGACGGGAAGAAGCCAAGGAGGCCUUGACACCUCAAACCCUCCCUGGGCCUAGCGCGACCAUGGAUGGGGCGGUGGACUGUGAUGAUGCCGGUGAAGGAAGCGAGACAUUGAUGCGGAGGAGAAUGAGCGAUGAAGAAAUGGGGAACGGGCAGAGCUAUAACGAUGGAAUUGGCGCAGAGACAGGUUCGAAGAGAUCACAGGCACUCAGUGAUACCGAAUCGGAACCCUCGACUAGCGGCACGGGGAAGGGCGUACCUGGUAGAAUCCCGUUAGGAGCGUUGCGAGGAGAUAUGAGUGCCCGUAUCCACAGCACAUUUGGUUCAGGCACGCCGUUUUGGUUGGGAAAGAAGGUCAAUACCAGGGAAGGCUUGAGUGUAUCAUGAUUUUCGAUUACUGGUUGGCGGGAUAGGGGCAC